CCCCUGCUCUCGUCCGACCCACUCGACUGCCCGCCCUGCUGUGUCUCAGCUAACGAUUAUUCUAUCUGUCCCAUCGCCUUAGCCGCCCUCUUUUCCUCCCACACAUCUCCUUCCCUCUCCUUCUCCUCUCUCUCCCUGUAGCCCUACCAAGCCACGAUGGCCACUCACGGUCCCAUCAACGGUGUCAAGAUUUCUCCCGUCGACGAUCCCCGCAAGAUCGUCAAGGUUGUUGCCUCGGACGGCAAGUCCGGCGACCAACGCGACCUCAUUUACACCAACUGCAAAGUCAUCGGCAAUGGCUCCUUCGGUAUCGUCUUCCAGGCAAAACUUCUCGAGGAAAACGUCCCCACCAACGAUAUUGCAAUCAAGAAGGUCUUGCAGGACAAGAGGUUCAAGAACCGUGAACUGCAGAUCAUGAGACUCGUAUCACAUCCCAACGUCGUCGACCUUAAAGCCUUUUUCUACUCUAAUGGAGACAAGCCCUCGAACCCAAAGAAAGAUGAAGUGUACCUCAACCUUGUGCUCGAAUACGUCCCAGAGACCGUCUACCGCGCCAGCCGCCACUAUGUCAAGCUCAAGCAACCCAUGCCCAUGCUCCAAAUCAAGUUGUAUAUGUACCAGCUCCUCCGCUCCCUCAUGUACAUCCACUCCAUCGGCAUCUGUCACCGCGACAUCAAGCCCCAGAACCUCCUUCUCAACCCCGCCACCGGGGUCCUCAAGCUCUGCGACUUUGGCUCUGCCAAGAUCCUCGUCGCAGGAGAGCCGAACGUCAGCUACAUUUGCUCGCGCUACUAUCGCGCCCCGGAGCUCAUCUUCGGCGCCACGAACUACACCACCAACAUCGACAUCUGGUCAACUGGUUGUGUCAUGGCAGAGCUCAUGCUCGGCCAGCCCCUCUUCCCCGGUGAGAGUGGGAUCGACCAGCUGGUGGAGAUCAUCAAGGUGCUCGGGACGCCGUCGCGCGAACAGAUCAAGACCAUGAACCCGAACUACAUGGAGCACAAGUUCCCGCAGAUCAAGCCGCACCCCUUCUCCAAGGUGUUCCGGCCGCGCACGGCGCCCGAGUCGAUCGACCUCGUCUCGAAGUUGCUCGAGUACACGCCCGAGGCGCGACUGAGCUCGGUUGAGGCGAUGUGCCACCCCUUCUUUGACGAGCUCAGGCAAGAGGGCGCGAAGAUGCCGAACGGGAAGGAGUUCCCGCCGCUGUUCAACUUCACUCGGGAGGAGCUGUCGGUACGGCCGGACCUGAACCGGCAGCUGGUGCCGCCGCACUGCGAGGCGGAGCUGGCGUCGCGCCAGAUUCACCUGGACACGUUCGUGCCGAUACCAUUGGACCAGCUACGGAUCUCCCUGGACUGAUGAGCAAGAGAGCCUGAGCCCGAGCGCAGCGGCUGCCCAGUCUGCGCGGUGGGACUUGUAAUAGCGCGUUUUUUCCGUUGCCGUUUCUGUUUCUGUUCGGUGUUCCGCCGCCAGCCCGUUGCUGCUCGUCCAACCGCCGCCGCCGCCGCCACGCUCACGCAUGACACAGCGCAGUCCGCGCCUGGAGGGCCGCGGGGCGGCGGCGGGUUUCCCAUCCCAACUCCCCUCUCAACCUCCUCUCCCGUUGUCGUCCUUAUAUAUCUUGAAUCGCAAUGGCUGGGCUGUGGCUGGGCUCGCUCGCUCUCGUCUCCUCCGAUCCGUCCUGACUCGUGUUUUGGUGACCCGAUGUUUGUAUGCACACGCGAUGUUGUGAAAUUGACCUGAUGGCGCACGAUGGAACGCAAACGAAUAAACAUUACCGCACAUGUAUGACGGGAUUGCAGCAUGAGUGAAUGUCGCGAUAGUCAGGCCAGUGAGGACCGAUGGCGCAAAGCUGAAAACAUACGGGCGGGGCUGGGCGCCUGGAGUGGCGCGAUGUCGCGAGCUCCUCACGCGACCUGCACAAUCGGCGUCUAUUUCGGCCCUCACCCGUCUGCUCGCUAACCGCUGCGACUCUUUCCUCUUAACGCCAUCCGCUUUCUCUGUCCUCCCCGUCCCUCUCCCCCUCCUCCUCACCGUCGCCAUCUCUAAACGAUGUCCGCGCAGUCGCUACAGGGCGGCAACAGCGCUGCUCGUGUCUGCGAUACCCUCCCCGCACCCCGCCUCGCCUCCGCCGCA